AUGGAUUAUUAUUUUGAAUUUAACUUUUAAAUUACGAAAAAAACAAAAAAAGUUUUUGAAAUCGUAUGCAACAAUAUGCAUUUAGGUAGUAAAAUAAAGUAAUUUACGUACGUAUAGAGUCUAUUUACAUUCAUAUGUUUGUGUAUAUAUACAUUUAUAUACAGUAGUUCAUGCGUGCUCACGAUGGAGCGAGAAGUUUCUUAGUGGUUGAGACCACUUUUUUUUAGUUUUUCUAUAUUUUUAUAAAAGUUUUAACCAGAUUUUUCUACAACCAAUCGUAUCACGAAAUACAAUUCCAUAAUUAAAAUAAUGAGUUUCUUCAUAAUGCAGAAAUUCUAUGGAUUAAUUCUGUUUAUAUGGCUUACAUCUAUCCUAACCUUAUCUGUCAGCGAUGAAAUUAAAACAGAUGGUGAUACGACUCAGAUGUUGACAUUAAAUGCAAACUUUACUGACAGAAAUUCCAAAACUGAACAUCGAACUUCGUCUUCGCCGAUUCAAUUUAUGCCUGAAUCUGUUGAUUCUACUAAAACACGAAAUAAAAAUGUUGCCACUCCUUUAAUUGCAGAAGGUGGUCCAAUUCCAAUUGUUUCUAUUAUUGAGUCAAUACCUACUGAGUCACACAAAUAUGUAACAAAUGUUGCUGACAAUUUAGACAUACAAACUAAUGUAUUGAAAGAUGAUGACGUUCCAUAUGUAAAAAAGAAGACCACUUCUAAAAUUAUAUCAAGAAAAGGAGCAAUAAAUAAUGUUUCUUCCAAUAAAAUAAUAUUAUCUGAUGAUACAAAGUCAAUAAUUAAAUCUUCAACAACAGUAAAUGUUCAUAAUAACGAAAAGAUCGUUAAUAAUUUAAAGUUAAAUGUUACUGAAAAGUAUAUAAGCGACGCCUCAAGUAUUACUGUAAAUAAUACUUUUCAUUUUACAAAUACGAUGCCACAAAAAUUAUCAACUAAUGUUCCUAUAAUACCAUCAUUAGUCCAAGAACACAAACCUAAACCAACUGCAACAGUAAUAGAACCUAAUAGUGAUAAACAAGCAUUUAUACCUCAUAUGAAAGGUUCCCAUUUAGGAAUGCCAAAGAAAAUUAAUUAUGUUUUACCAGUUAUUGUUACUCUUAUAGCUCUGCCAGUUUUGGGUGCUAUUGUUUUCAUGUUGUACAAACAAGGUAGAGAUUGUUGGGACAAAAGACAUUAUCGACGAAUGGAUUUUCUUAUUGACGGAAUGUAUAAUGAUUAAUAUCUACAAAUGUUAUAUCAUUUAAAAAGUUAAAUUAUAAUGUUAAUUUCAUAUAUAAUGUAUAUAUACUGUAUACUGUAUAUAUAUACACACAUAACAAUCGAUUAUACUAUUCUGCCAUUAUAGUUGCAAUGAAGAUAUAUGUUUCAUUUACAAAUAUUUAUAUACAAAUUUUUUGUUUUAUUACAACAUUUGUAUAUAUAUUUUUUUUAUUCUAUUGCCUUGAUAUGAGAUUCAUUACUGUGUU